AUGCGGGAGUGCGUGAGAACAUCUGGACGCCUGGAGGUGCCGCGACGCCUCGGGCAUCCACUUAGAGCCUCGCACAGACAUCCGCGGCGGCGCGAUGUCGUGAAGCGAUUGUGCAGCGAAAUGGGCAGCGACCAGAGCAGUUUUUCUGUGUGGUCUUUAUUCCGCAGUGGUAAGAUGGGCGCGUCCAGCUUCCCAACGGAGGAGAUCUCCUUUGUUUUGACAGCUGAGGACAAACCCCAUCAACACCCGAAGCAGGACAAGGAUGGAGCCACAGACAGCCGUACCGCGCUGCCCGCACGCGAGAGCGAGGAGGGCGCGGUAGCGCCGUCAGCUCCUCAGCUGGUGUGUGAAGCGAGCGGGGGCGCAGGUUCAGUGGUGGCGGAGGGGCGAACUGCAGAAAACCGCGCACAGUGGCUGCUUGGCACGUAUCGAGCGGACCCCGACGGCCUUGCAAGAGCUUGUGGGAGCGACAAGGAGACUUUGCUCGCCAUCUUCCACGCAACCGCCCUGCACAAGCUAAAGCGACAGAGAUGGCUCCUGAAACCCUUAAAGGCGCAAGUCAUCCGGAACAUAACGAACUUCCACGUGGACGAAAUCGCAUCUCUGGCUAAAGCUAUGCACAGGGUCGGCUACCUCAGGACGGAUUUCCUGUACGCCGCAUCGACUGUGAUUGCGAGAACGGCUCGAGUAGCCUCUCCUGCGAGCUGCGGAUUCCUGCUGGAGGCCUUCGCCGCCCAGAGGUUCGAACCCGAGCAAGCGGUGCACGCCCUGUGCAACCGGCUGCGGGAGACUGAGCUACAAGGCUUGACACAGUCUCAUCUUGCUAGCAUCGUUAGCAGCCUGGCCCGCCUCAAUAUUACGCACGAUCCCCUACUGGCGGAUAUCGCCAAUAGGUUGCUUGACCUCUGGAGCACUGCAUGCGCCAGCUCUCCUCCGGGUGUGAGAGAGGUAGCGACCCUUCACCCUGGUGCGGAGCGUAGCACUACUUUGCCGGAAAAUGUCGCGCUCCAGGGACGCCGCCAGUUUUCCCCCCACGACGUCACCCAGGUUCUAUAUGGGUUGACGAAGCUGCAGUACCAUCACAGCUCAUUAAGUGCUUACCUGCUGGGGACCGUCUUACCAGGUGUUGUAGGCCGCAUGCACUCGCAUCAGCUCACAGUCACUGCCGUGGCGAUUCAGCGAGCAAGAGAGCACGCACAUGCGAGAAGCAUGACUCCCACCUUCGCGACGGAUUCCUGCAAUGACUACUAUGCAAGCGAACACGAGACGCUGGGGGCAGUGACAAAGAGCAUGAACCUCCAGCGCACCUCCGACGUGCAAGAGCGAGAGCUGAAAGUCCUUCAGGAGAUGGCGUUUGGGCUGGUGGUUAAUGAGGUUGCAAAACGUCUUCCUCAAUUCAAAGCCGAAUCUAUCUGUAUGGUAUUCAGGGCGUGCGCCGUCUUAGGGGUCAGGGACAACUGGUUGGUUGUUCGGCUCAUCGCCCUGUUACCUCGGCUUCUACUUACCUUCGAUCCUGAAGACGCAGUGCUUCUCUCUGUGUCCCUCUCUGAGCUUGGCGCACACAGCGGAGCAAGCGUGGACCUCAUAGCAGGCCAUGCGAAGCAAAAUUCCAACCGGUACAGCCCGCAUCUUCUCAAUGAUCUUCUUUUCAGCUUCUCGAGAGAAGGCAUCAUUGUUCAAGACUUCCUCGACAUGUACGUGGACCCAACAAGAUUCUGGCGAGUCACUGACGGACGAGCUGCCACCACCGUCGUCUGUGCACUUUCAGACAGUGGAUGCAAAGAUCGUGUUGUCAUCCAACGGAUUUUCGAUGCCCUCCUGCCCCUUCUGCCAACACUGCGACUCGAUGAUCUGUUCAACCUCUACGCAGCGGUCGCGCUCCUCGGCCUGACACAAGAUAUUGCCGGCAUUCAUGAGGUUGUCGAGCAUGUGAGGCAAAGAUUGAAUGAGUCUCAUGACGAAACCGUCGACGGAAAAGGGCUUAGCGCCAAGGCGCCCACUGAUUUUGCGACGGGUCCCCCCAUACUGGACUUGGUCGAAGGCUUUGUUCCAGACGUAUUGCUAGGUCCGCCCCCGGGAGCUCCGGCGCAUGGGUUACAGGCUAAUCAGACGAUAUCUGUUUCAGGGGCGCUGAAUCUAUCGCUUGCGCUUCUGGUACAAGAUUUCCGUCCCAGUCGUGACGCGCGGAGUCUUACGCAGCUAGAAAAGACACACAUCGACCACUGCGCUGAUCCCUCCGAGGGCCUUCAACGGGGCUGCUCUGGCUCUUUCCUGGAGCCUGCGCUGUUGGCGGCGGAUAUUGCGGCUUUUUGUACGUGGCUGUCGGCUGAGUCUUCCAUCGACGUCCUAGCAUGUUCUCCCUCUCCGCAGUCUCCCGGUCCCCGUGUUUCGUCGUUCUUUUCAUUAGAAGAGCAGCGGAAACUGGGGCUUCUUCAGGCGGCUCUUCUUCUUCGUGCCGACGGUAUCCGUGGACACGCGAAGGAUGAGCGCAAGCUGCAGGCGUUGACUACGCAGGUCGUCGAUUUGUUGUCGGCUGUGGCAGCGCUGCAGCCGGCAGCAGUUCCUUUCCGUCUGCACUCGACCGCAUCAUGCAUCUCAGCACUGCGGGUGCCGCUUCGGCAUGUCUGCCAGUCUCUGCGACUCCGCGAGGUGAACUGCAGCCCGAAUGGGGUUCGCUCCUCGUGCGCCUCUGAAAUGAGUCACGCGUCGCCAGCCGAGCAGGAGAGCGACCCCGCCGACCUAAAGCCGAGGCUGGAACGUCUAGAUUUGAUCCCGCUGCAGUCCAGCGGGACUACGACCGCGGAGACAGUCGUACAGGUUGCACGUUCGUCGCAUCAUGUCAGGCCGGCGUUCGGCGCUGCGGACCGAACCAAGACGCAUGUGUCCUUCAUUGAGCGAAGCACGGCAUCGGGGCUGGCAGCCAUGCAAAGCAUCCUCGAGCAGUUUUUCGGCGUUCGCGGCACCAUCGUCGAUUCUUUGUCCGACGUCGCGUCCGCGGGGCACGAUGCACAUGCAAGUCGCCAGGCGGUUGCGCGCGGAGAGCCGUUGUCUGCUCGAGAAGACGGACAGAAAAAGCCGCCUAGUGGGGCGCGUGGGCAUGGCAGCUCCUCGCAGGGCGCUACGGACGAUAGAGACCGCCUGCGAGCGCACCUGAAUCCGUACACCGGCCUUCUGCACCUGGAGCUAGAUGAGCUCCUACGUCUGCCAGGCGUCGCGGAGGAUGUGCUGUCUGCGCGUUCCGCGCCCGCCCUGUCGCCGGCGCCUCCCGGCCGUGGUGAUGAAGGGGAACGCGGGGACCAGCUGCUCAGCAUGGGCGAGGGCGCGCGCCAGGCAGCUGCGGCUGCGGACUCCGAGCCGCGGGUGCCGCGUAGCGGCGUCAUUCUCCUGUGGGCGGACGCGCAGCAUUUCUGGCACGCGGCACCGGAAAAGGACGAUUCGAAGCCGGUUUCUCCGCGCGCAGACUUCGCGCUCUCUAAUGCUGCCGCCUUCCAGCUUCGAUGUUUUGAGCGGCUCACGUCGCUCGAAGUAUUCCCUGCCGGAGCCCCAGCGGCAGGCUAUGAUUCUACCUCGAUGCCUCCUGACCUCUCUCGGCAGGCUCAGGAGCGGAAGCAGGCCAGAAGUGUCGCGGAAAAUAGGAAUUGCGUGGUGCUAGUCCCGCACUUCGUAUGGAACGCCGUGAGCACGGACACUGAGCAGGCUGAUUUCCUGCUUAAAUCAAUCAAAACUGCGGUGGAAGACUGGCGUCGACGAGGCUCAGAACGAAGCUGA